AUGGGGCGACGUCGAGAUGACGAUCAUUCGCGUAACAGAAAACGUCGGUCGCGAUCUCGUUCCCGCUCUCGUUCUCCUGUUCUUCCUAGGAGGGCAUUUUCAUCUACUUUAGAAGGGUCUCUACCUUUAGCUGCUUCGUUGCCAACAUCUUCAUUAAUGGGUUCGUUACUAGCUGCUCAGGCAAAAGCAGCUGAAGAAGCGGCUGCCAAAGCCAAGGCAGAAACGUCUAAACCUGCAGUUGGUACUAUGACUGCUAUUGCGAAUGCGGCAGCUGAUAUGAUCAAAGCUGCUCGUAAUUCUGGUCAAGGUAUCGCAGGUAUGGAGGGUGCUCUUGUCAUUACUCCGAAUAUGGACAAAGAUAUUGAACAGCGUCGUCUUGAUCUUGAAAUGCAAAAGAGACGAGAACGAGUAGAAAGGUGGCGACGAGAGAGAAGGCUCAAACAAGAUAUUCUUGCAGCACAGCAGAGACUUGCAGAGAGCACCAGAGGAACUACUAUUAAUAAGUGGAAUCUAGAGGAUGAUGAAGACGAAGAAGACGCAAAUAAAAAGAAUGUUCAGAUGGAAAAAUCUACAGAAGAUGAUGACGUAGAUCCACUGGAUGCUUAUAUGCAGGAGUUGAAUAAUCAAGUUUCCGCUGGUCCUGAAACUACUAAAAAAGAUACUAAAAUUACUAAACAAUCUGAAAUUUCACUAAAAACUUCUAAAGAUACCGAUCACGCUUCUUCAGAUCCUUCAGUCAAACCUAAACAACAGUUAGUAAUUAAACGGAAAAGAAUUAUUGGGCGAGGUGAACUGAUGGAAAGUAACAUAGAUGAAUUAGAAUAUUCAUCUGAAGAAGAAGACACAACAAUUGAGGAUGCAUUGGCUCAGCUACAGAAAAAAGACAAACUUCAGCCUAUUGAUCAUUCCAAAAUUGAGUAUUUCCCCUUUCGCAAAAGUUUUUAUGUAGAAGUUCCAGAACUAGCAAAAAUGUCAAAGGAGGAUGUUAAAGCGUAUAGAGCUAGUUUAGAAAAUAUCCGCGUCCGUGGUAGAGAGUGCCCUAAACCCCUACGCAAUUGGGUCCAAGCAGGCAUUAGCUCUCGCCUUUUGGCUUGCCUAAAAAGGAAUAAUUUCGAUAAACCCACUCCAAUUCAGUGCCAGGCGUUACCCGUUAUAAUGUCUGGUCGCGAUAUGAUUGGUAUUGCCAAAACAGGAAGUGGGAAAACCCUAGCUUUUCUAGUACCGCUUAUGCGUCACCUGGAACAUCAAGCUCCUCUAAACCCUGGAGAUGGCCCAAUUGCCCUUCUACUGGCACCUACUCGGGAACUUGCACUACAAAUAUUUAAAGAAACAAAAAAGCUAUGUCAAGCCGCCGAUGCUCGCGCAGUUUGUGUCUAUGGUGGGACUGGUAUUAGUGAACAAAUUGCUGAACUUAAACGCGGAGCUGAAAUUAUUGUCUGUACACCUGGUCGGAUGAUCGAUAUGCUUGCUGCAAAUGGAGGGAGAGUAACCAAUUUACUUCGGUGCUCUUAUGUGGUUCUUGAUGAAGCUGAUCGUAUGUUCGAUCUAGGAUUUGAGCCUCAAGUUAUGCGAAUCAUCGAGAAUUGUCGUCCUGAUCGACAAACUUUAAUGUUUUCAGCUACAUUUCCUAGACAAAUGGAAAUCCUUGCCCGUAAAGUGCUAACGCUUCCCAUAGAAAUCCAAAUCGGUGGACGAUCGGUGGUUUGUUCAGACGUGGAGCAGCAUGCGUUCAUCUUGUCAGAAGAAGAGAAAGUUUAUAAAGUUCUUGAACUUCUAGGAAUUUACCAAGAAGAGGGUAGUGUCCUUGUAUUCGUAGAAAAACAAGAGAGUGCAGAUGAGUUAAUGCGUGUUCUUUUGAAGUAUGGUUAUCCAUGUCUUUCUCUUCAUGGUGGCAUUGAUCAAUACGAUCGCGAUUCUGUUAUAAUGGAUUUUAAGCGUGGCAAUAUUCGUCUUUUAAUAGCCACAUCAGUCGCUGCUCGUGGUCUUGAUGUCACAGAUUUGCUUUUAGUUAUCAAUUAUGACUGUCCAAAUCACUAUGAGGAUUACGUUCAUCGUUGUGGGCGUACUGGACGUGCUGGUCGCAAAGGGUUUGCCUAUACUUUUCUCACUCCCGAUCAGGAGCGCAGUGCUGGUGAUGUUGUUCGAGCAUUCAAGCAGAGUGGCCAAAAACCACCAGAGGAACUAAUGAAUAUGUGGAAUGCUUACAAGAUACGAAUGGAACAUGAAGGAAAAAAGGUAUACGGUUCUUCAGGUUUCCGUGGUAAAGGAUUCAUGUUUGAUGAAGUGGAAGCUCAGCUGAAUAGUGAAAAACGACGCCUGCAGAAAGCUGCUCUUGGUUUACAAGAUUCAGAUGACGAAGAUGGUGAUGGAAAUGUCGAUUGGGACUCGAAGAUUGAAGAUAUGUUGGCCACGAAAACAAAAAUUAAAGAUGUAUCAAAGAGUAAUGCAUCAGAAAAUGUAUCUGAAACUGUUGAAGUUAGUGCCCAAGCUGGACAAGCUGUUGUGAACGCAGCCUUAGCACUUGCUCGACAGAAGGCUGCACAGUUAGGACUCGUCAAACACUUGACUUCUGGUACUCCGACUGUUCCACAACCAAGCGCUGUUUUGAAUACCACCACAGUCAGCGACCCUAAUGCUACUAUUGCGGCUGCGGUUGCUGCUGUCACGAUACCUGUGCCUCCAGCUCCCACAAGCCGUACGUUGGCUGAACAAGCUGCCGAACGCUUAAAUGCUAAACUUGGUUACACUAAACAAACACCAGGCUCUGGUGAUGAGGAGGGUGCUGGUGCUAACACGAAUUCGGGAAGUGACAUGGUUAGAAGAUACGAAGAAGAACUAGUUAUCAAUGACUUCCCACAAAACGUCAGGUGGCGUAUCACUGGUCGCGAAAUGCUCAAUCACCUUAGUGACUAUUGUGAUGUUGGCGUGUCUGUACGAGGAGUUUAUAUGCCACCUGCCAAAGCUAAGCAACAUAUACCCGAAGGUACAGAUGACAGACCACUGUAUUUAUGUAUUGAGGCUGUCAAUGAAAGACAAGUCGCUUUGGCUAAAAAAGAAAUUAUGCGUAUUAUCAAAGAAGAAUUAGUCAAAUUGCAAUCUGGCAAUUCAAUAAAUCGCGGACGCUACAAGGUUGUUUAA